AUGGCAGACUCCAGGCAAUUUAGUCUCGGUGAAGAGAAUAGCGGUAGCAAGAUCCCAAGCAGUGAUGCCUCAGCACACGGAUUUCAAGAGUCAGCGGCUGCAUGCCAUGAUGAGGCUACAGAAGCGGAUGUAUUGACGCCUCUGGCCAGUGAACAAGAUCCUCCGGUCAGAGGCGAGCACGCUUUCCACCAACAUUCCACUCUAUCACCUCUUAUUGCAGAUGCUGCGGAGACCGCCAUGGGUUCCUUGACUACAACUUUGUCUACCACGGCACCUCUCAGGACAAACGUGUCGCCAGAUCAGGUUACGAGUGGCUACUUUGGAUCACAGCCCUUGAGGUCGCCCUCAUCACGAAGAAGUUUGAGGACCAUUCCUGCAUCUCAGCAGUCCUCUUCAGGUUCCUUACACACUCUGGCGGAAAGAGAAGACCAGGAAAGCGAGUCGCAAGCUUCCAUACGACGUGCGGCAUCUACAAGGACGAGACAACCUGCCUCCAAUCGUCGUCACUCUAAAUCUGCCUCAAUAUCUCAACCCGUCAGCAGUCCCAGAAGGCACGUCAAUAGCGACCAUCCAGGUUUCCCAGAACAGUCACUGGCUUCGCUGUCGCCCACGCCUGUUUCAUUUCCAACUCGACCCCAUCCACCGCUCCGUACUCGGAGCUCUCAUCCUGCUCAGAACCUUCUUUACAACGACAUGGCUACAGCCAAUGGUCUCUUUAAGGAAAAGUUGCCUUUGCAUAAUAUUGCACGUACUGCUGACAAUACGCCAAUGUCGAGUCCAGGUCUUUAUUCUCCCACUGCCGUCCGGCAUACCAAUCCAUACGUGAGCGAACAGCAAAGACCUACGACCCCGACGUUGCAUCACCUGCAGGCGCCUAAAGAGACGAACACGGUAGAAAUCGACCACGAUCUGUACUCGGGCAACAAGCUCAUCAAUGAGUAUGAAGUCGUGAGAGAGCUUGGACGUGGUGAGCAUGGCAAGGUCAAACUUGGUCGUGAUCUUCGAACUCAAGAAAGUGUUGCCAUCAAGAUCGUUCCAAGAUACUCCAAGACACGCCGGCUUGGUCGUCUGGGGGAGCCACAAGAUCAGACGAAAAGAGAGGUUGCCAUCCUCAAGAAAGCUCGACACGUCAAUGUUGUCAGUCUUCUCGAGGUUAUCGACGAUCCGGGCAAGAAGAAGGUAUAUCUGAUUCUCGAGUUUGUUGAAAGGGGAGAGAUCAAGUGGAGAAGAGAGGGUGUCAGGGAGAUCACAAAAAUCAACAAAUAUCGGUUCUCGAAGGAAGUGGAAGGCAAGAAGCUUACACUCGAGCCUAGCGAGUCUGAGUUGUGGCAGGUCAGACUAGCUGCACAACGUCAUGAAGGAUUGGAGAAAGCUCGCUCGAAUCAGCCUCAUGCCUCGAGUGUGGCUCACUAUUAUGCAGCAUAUGACAUCGAUGAAGAAGGCGAUACUCUUUGGAGAACUCCUUCCCAAGCACCUUCUGCCACGUACUCGGCCACCAACUCUGACCACCUUACGCCACAACGUCAGCAGUCACUGGACGAUCACACACAUGCUACGCCCAUGUUAGCUGGCAGCAUGUAUGGUCCAUACAUGGAUGAAGUGCCUUAUUAUGCAGAUCGGAAGAAUAGUGUUGCAACCGCUUUGUCUCACAUGUCGUCCGAAAUUGAUCUGGACGAGGACGACGAUGAACUGAAUUAUGUGCCAGCUUUGACCUUUGAGGAAGCUAAGCAUGCAUUUCGUGACACGCUUCUUGGUUUGGAGUUCUUGCAUGCAAUUGGCAUCAUACAUAGAGACAUUAAACCUGCCAACCUUCUAGUCGCGAACGAUGGCACGAUCAAGAUCUCUGACUUUGGGGUUUCCUACUUUGGCAAACCUUUGACUGAGCAAGAAGUCACCGCCACGCAAUACCAAGACAAAGACGCCAAGUCACUUGAUAACGAAAGAGAGCUUGCUCGAUCAGUGGGCACUCCAGGUUUCUGGGCACCUGAACUGUGCUAUGAAGAUGCUGGAAUUUUUCACGAUGGUAAGGCACCGAAGAUUACUGGUGCCAUAGAUCUUUGGGCGCUUGGGGUGACCCUAUAUGCCAUGGUCUAUGCUCGUCUUCCUUUCUAUGCUACUGGCAACAUCGGCCUUCACCAAGCGCAAUGCACUCUUGACCCUGUUGUGCCGACUACAAGGCUUGUGCCGGCUGACACCUCGAAUGACGACUUGGUUACACAUUCAAAAAGGCCGAUCAACAGCAAUAAACGGCUAGACUAUGAAUUAAAAUUCGAAGAUGUGCCAGAGGAUUUGCGACACCUGAUCAAGAAGCUGCUGACCAAGGACCCGGCACACCGCAUCACGAUUGCAGAAGCCAAACAGCACUCCUGGGUACUGGAAAAUAUGCAUAAUCCAGGCGAGUUCCUGAAGCAACCCGAACUGGCCGAGAAUGGUACGAAAAUCCUGGAUGUUGAUGAGAGAGAGAUGUCGGGUGCCGUGUCAAAAUUGACUAUAUUUGCAGAAAUUGCCAAGGCUGGCAAGGCUGUUUUGAAUGUGUUCACCAAAAGCAGGAAACGUGGGCAAAGCAUGAGCUCGAAUGCUAAGUCAAGCAACUCGAGUGACUCAGUGGACUCACCCUCAAGCUCGACGACAAGCACCGUCGGCAAAAUCGAAAGGGGACGGGAUUUUCGACGAUCUAGUUUACAUGGUGACGACUUGGUCAACGCACUGCAGCGUUCCAGAGAACCUUCAGGACAUCCAUUGGCCCAGAGCCAAACCGCUAGCCCUGACGACCAGGAAAUGCCUUCUUACUUUACGAGCGAAACACCUAAGCCUUUACCUUCACCACGUGUCGCGCCCCAAGUCGACCACGAAGGUAGACCAAAGCUUCCUGACCGUGCCAUUUCUGCCCUGUCGACUGCAGAUUCGAUUCGUACGAUACGUGCAAGUCAGGUCAAUCCAUAUCCCUCCUUCGACGGAGUGAAAGACUUCGAGUCUCCACAAAGUUUCGAAGCUGCUUCAAGUGUCAGAAGUCGAACAGCAGGUCUCUGGGAAGGAGCGACCAGGAGUCUCACUAGAUGGGCCAGUCAGGACAGGCACGGUGCGGGCGUCUCUCGAUCACCAUCAAUAAGUAGAAGUUCCUCAACAAGCGACACACGCUCAGUUCCCAGUCUAGCAGUCAGCAAUACACAGGCUUCCGGCUCGAUCGAGACACCAGAAAUUCUACGCUCUUUGGACAAUCACUCUCAGCAGGCGUCCCCUUCCAGUCCCAGUACAAGUACACAUCUGGCACCAACCGAAUCUCACCAUCCGAGGUUGUCUUCAGGCACCGCUUUUUCACAAGCCCAAGAGAUCAAUCAACGUAGGCAUAUUCAAGAAGCGAGGCGUGGAGUGGAGGAUGCGCUUAGGGUGAUGGAAAAGUCGGAAGCAUCCUCGGUAGAGUGUCCGCCGUCGCCAGACGACCUGAUCUUCAAGGCACAGCAGACACAUUCUCUCGAAGAACCUCCCCAGUCUCCUCUUGAGGCCGGGUCUGGCCCGUCAAUGAGCACCGCAGUGUCUUCGGUUGAAGAUUUCACAAACAGUAGCGUGACGCAAAGUAUCUCAAACCCGAGCUUCGUCGCUACUUCUGGUGCCUCCUCUCCACCUGACGAUAGCUUCCUCUCGGCGGAGUACAAGGAGCAUUACCGAAGAGAAUUGCACGGUAUGGGGUCGGAACCAGACUUCAUGCGAACAAAUGACACCGUGAUUGAACAUCAUGAACACAAAACAGCUGCAACUAACCAAAGAUUAACUGAACGUCACCCUAUGAAUGAUAACGACGAAGAAGACGAAGACCAAUAUGAAGAGGAGGAGGAUUUCUCUGAUGAAGAAGAGAUGGUCAUGAUGGGUGCACCCAAAAAGAGAACAGCAUAA